AUGUUACUUCUUCUGCACUACCUCGUGGCUUACGCCCUAUUACAUUUACAGGGUGCUGCAGCACUUCCGCAGGGAAUAACCCCAUCCGAAGCCUCGAGCAUAACAUCAGCUACACCCACAGGGACGUCAGUUGUAGAGAAAGAAAGGACUUGUGACUUUAAUACGAUAAACGAUUUCUUCGUUUACGCCAACAGGAACGGCCUAAACAUCACUGUGGAGGUCCAAAAGUGCCAGAAUCUGUGCCUGCUCACAUACGGGGUGGGAAACCCUGAUCUUUCUGGGAUCGGCAUGAUGUAUGCCUAUAGCAUACAAGCCGCAUUUACCAUCCUCCUCGGUCCUGUUUACCGUAUACUCUAUCUCAGCCUAGCGCCAGUGAGCAGCUUCAUCCGAGACUUGAACGACAUUCAGACGAAUUUCUUCUCCUCAAAUGGCUUCUUCGUCGGUUCCUCCGCCCUAGCCACGCUCGCAAACCUGUCACAGAACCCAUCCACGUUUGAGAUCGCCGAGAUGCAGGCCAUGGCAUUCCUGCAGGUCAACAGCAUCCUCGUGACAUUCUUCUGUCUGGUCGUCGCGCAACCAAUGUCGCGUUGGGCCGCGCGAGUGCUGCUCUAUUUUGUAGUGUUUGUCCUCGUGAUCGUCGCCCUAGGCAAGAGCCACCUGGGCAGCGACAGCAAGGCAAACUGGAGACUUGCCUCGGAUGGCUGCGCACACAGCUCAACGGACUACAGCGUCAUCAACCCCGUCCCGUAUCCAUCAUGGACUGUCGCUAUCUUUGCCGUUGCGGGUACGAUUGCGUUCUGGCUACAGUCUCUCAAGGAAAAGUUCCAGGCAGACAUGUUACACAAGUCGCUGUUUAGGUUAUUGAUGCUGUUUUGGAUCUUGUUGAUUGGACUCUUGACUGCGGGCAUGGUGGUCGGUCUGACGAUGAUGUGGCGACAACGAAGGCAUCUGCGAAGCUUGGUGAGAGAUCAAUUUGAAGAUGAUCAGUGGGGGUUCGGGCAGAUUGCUGCCUUGGCGAUCUGGGCGCCGAUACUGGUUGAAUUGCUUUAUAUUCUGAAUGACUUACUCCAACGGAAGUCCGAAAGAUGGAAUCGCUUGAAUGAGACCAUUAGUGUUUUCUUUUCUCCGAAAGCUUUACAGGGGAGCCAAGCUUCACCCAGUCCUAACCUGCAACCCCAAAUGAAGGAUCAAGGUGGAAGUGGAAGGGUGAUCGAGGUUGCUAGUGGAGUUACCGAGGCAGCCAACGAACUUGUUGUCCGCAGCAGCGGAGGCAGAGGCCGUAUCAUGACGUGUUUGUCUUUAUUAGAAGCAGCAGACGAAGCGCGUGCUAUGUCGGGCUCGCUUAAACAUUUCUCGAGAACAAAGGUCAUUAUAUGCGAGGAAGCAGCUGAGAUGAUGGAAGCCCACAUCAUGUCAGCCCUCAUGCCAGGUGUUGAGAACUUCAUUCAGAUUGGGGAUCACCGACAGCUGCGGCCACAGAUUCAAAAUCAUCCACUCAGUCCUGAAACAUCCACACGGAACUCAUGGCAGCUAGAUAGCAGUCAGUUUGAGAGACGCGCUGUCGGUGAGCCAGGUCUUAAGCCUGCCCCUAUUGCAUAG